UUUGUUGUAACGCUCUCUUAAUACAGAAUGAAUAAGUCUUCUUGUACUCGUGUCAGCUUUGACUUUACACACACAUUUCUGCCUCCUGUUUACAUCUUAGUCUUCAUCGUUGGUCUGCUAGCUAAUGGAUGGGGUUUGAAAUCUUUGCUUCAGAAGUGGAAGAAACUGGGAAACAUCAAUGUUUUUGUUUUCAACCUCGGACUCGCUGAUGUUUUGUACCUGUUCACAGUCCCACUUUUGAUGGUGUACUACUUUAUGGGCAGUAAAUGGAUCUUUGGAGAUGUGCUUUGCAAGAUAACAAGAUUCUGCUUCAACCUGAAUUUGUAUGGCAGCAUUGGGUUCCUCACUUGUAUAAGUGUGUACAGGUACCUGGCUAUUGUCCAUCCGAUGAGAGUUAUGGGAAGAAUAACUGUCCUCCACUCUGUUGGGAUCUCAGUCUUGGUUUGGCUGUUGGUGAGCAUUCAAAUUGUUCCAGACAUGUUCUUCAGCAAAACAUUUGGAAACAAGCCUGGGAAAUGUUAUGAUACCACCGGUAAGUUCUACGUCGAGGAUUACCUGAAGUACAGCCUUGGAUGGACUCUCACUGGGUUUUGUAUCCCAUUCCUGAUUGCUCUGGGCUGCUAUGGACAUGUGAUUGUUGUGCUCUGUCGCACAAACACCACUGACAAGGUACUGAAACAGAGAUGCUUGAAGUUGUUGUUCAUCUUGAUUCUUCUUUACUCCGUUUGUUACAUCCCCUAUCAUGUGUUGAAGAACCUCAACCUCUGGUCAAGAGUACUGUCCAAACAGAGAAAAUGCCGUAAAUGGUUUGAUGGAGUCUACAUUGCUCAUCAGAUAAGUCGUGGCCUUGUGUGUCUGAACAGUGCUCUCAACCCUCUGGUGUACCUCCAUGGAGAAGAAAAUAUUCCUGCUCAACUCGGGCAGCUGCUCCUGCGAGCUCGUGAGACGUUCAGCCGUUUGUCAAACUCCAACUCUGUGCGUGUAGCACAAACUGCAGAUGAGGAAAUCAUAUCUUCACAUUGACAAAUUACGGAAUGCCACUUUUCUAGUUGUAUGCGUUGACUACAAGAUGAAUGAUGUUGCCUGUUAAAUAAUUGACAUUUUUUAUGUUUUUGUAAAACAUGACGCAGUUUCAACAUGCUGACAAAUGUGCUUAAAAACAGGAACUGAAGAUUAACCACAGCCUAUUACGUUUCACUGUAUUCUUUAGAGCAAGGUUUUGGAGCUAAAGUAUAAUGAUUUAAUACUGUAGUUGGGUGCAGGGAAGCCCAGUACCAUGUGUUAUGUGUUAUGUGUGUGUAUAUUGGCUUGAACAGAAACAUGUUAGAGAAAUAAACCAUAUCGCAAAAAUGUCUGUGUAGAUAUACCUUUCUUUCUGUCUGUAAAUGAAGCACUUGCAUUAGUGUAACUGAUGAAGUUGUUAAAUUAUUUGUGCAUUUUCUGUGGUUGUAUAGCUAUAUAAAUGCAUGUAAUGUACCUAAUACUUUGAAACAGGAUUGACACUAACUAGAGUCGGGACUAAUAACUGAUGUUAGUAAUGUACCGCAGUUAUAAAGUAGAUCAAGGAUUUAAUCGGCGCCGGUUUACAGUGGUUAAUAAGUUAGUUUUGGGUCAUAGGCUACACUGUGUAACAGAGCUACAGUCUUACUUACCCAGUUCAACCGUUAUUUAAGGUCAGAAAUAUCGGUUAAAUCGGUUUGAUUCUGCUUCCAGUAUGCAAUAGGCUAAUGCUUUCUAACUCUACAAAACUGACAAUAAGUUUGGUUUUUAAAUAAGUCCAGCAUCAAUGUAAUGUUAUAUAUCCAGCUACAAACUGUCACUGUCACUUGUUUAUUUAAAAUGUAUUAACACCCAACAGGUCCAAAUUCAAUUUGCUUUAUAGUUAUACUUAUGAGAUUUGUAUAA